AUGUCGCCUAGGUCCCUCCAGAUACACCCUGAGCGGUCCGGAUCCUGUCAGCUUCCCAACUUGGAGAACCCCUGCCCGGCGUCUCCCGCCCCGGAGAGCAGCUUUGAGUUUAUCUAUCUGGUGAAUAGCUGUUUCAUCAAUUGGGACCUGGAGAUGUACUACUCGCCCCAGGAUAUUCCGGCCAAGGCCCGGAGUACCAGCCUCAAUGACCAGCUGGGACAGAUUGAGUACAUCUUCUCCGACAAGACAGGAACCCUGACCCAGAACAUCAUGACCUUCAAGAAAUGCUGCAUUAAUGGGCUGAUUUACGAUGCUGAGCUAGAACAUAAUGCCAUCUCUUGGAGCUGGAACAAGUACGCAGAUGGGAAGCUGAUGUUCUAUGACUCCAAGCUCCUAGCAGACAUCCUGAAAGAUGAGGAUGAGGUGGCCCGAGAGUUCUGGAGGCUGCUGGCCCUCUGCCAUACUGUCAUGGUGGAUGAGAAGGAUGGCCAGCUGGUCUACCAGGCAGCUUCUCCAGACGAGGAGGCCCUGGUGACGGCCGCCCGGAACUUUGGCUAUGUUUUUCUGUCUCGGACCCAGGAUACCAUCACCACCAGCGAGCUUGGUGUAGAGAGGACCUAUCAGGUGCUGGCCAUGCUGGACUUCAACAGUUCCCGAAAGAGGAUGUCUGUGCUCUUGAGGGACCCCGAAGGCACGAUCCGACUGUAUACCAAGGGGGCAGACACCGUGAUAUUUGAGAGGUUACGGCCAGGAUGUCCUAAUGAGCUUGCUACCGAGAAGGCCCUGGAUACCUUUGCGGAGCAGACACUUCGGACGCUCUGCUUAGCCAGCAAAGAAGUGGAGGAGGAGUUCUACCAAGAAUGGAGAAAGAGGCACCAUGAAGCCAGUAUUCUGUUGCAGAACCGGGCCCAGGCCCUGGAUAAAGUAUAUGAGGACAUGGAGAUGGAUCUCAAGCUCUUGGGAGCCACAGCCAUUGAGGAUAAGCUGCAAGAUGGCGUGCCUGAGACCAUCCACCUUCUCAAGAAAGGGAAUAUCAAAGUGUGGGUAUUGACCGGAGACAAACAAGAGACUGCGGUGAACAUUGGUUUUGCCUGUCGCCUGUUAACUGAUGAUAUGGAAAUUCUGGAUGAGAAGGAAAUCCAAGAGAUGCUUGAGAUCUGUUCGGAGAGCAAUAACAACUUUGGUGGUGUCCGAGACUGUGACUCAAGGCUCCAGCAGCAACAGGGCAAAAUGGCCCUGGUGGUCACCGGAGACUUCCUGGACAAUCUUCUGCUCAGGGCUGGGGAGUCACAGGCCCCAGAAAAGAAGCCCAGUCUGCUGGACCGCAUGGGGCAGCGCUGCCGAUCUCAGCAGGCUCCCAAGGACCUGGCAAGCUCGAGGGAGAGAGCCUUUGUGGAUCUGGCCAUCCAGUGCCAGGCUGUCAUCUGCUGCCGAGUGACCCCCAGGCAGAAGGCCCUUAUUGUCCAACUGAUCAAGAAGCACCGGCAUGUGAUCACACUGGCCAUCGGGGAUGGCGCCAAUGAUGUCAACAUGAUCAAGACUGCUGACAUCGGGGUGGGGAUCAGUGGGAAGGAGGGCAUGCAGGCGGUUCAGUGCAGCGACUACGCCCUGGCCCAGUUCUCCUACCUGCAGAGGCUGCUUCUGGUGCACGGGCGCUGGUCUUACCUCCGAAUCGCCAAGUUUCUCCGUUACUUCUUCUACAAGACCUUUGCCAGCAUGAUGGUCCAGAUCUGGUUCGCUUUCUACAGUGGCUUCACAGCUCAGCCACUGUAUGAGGGAUGGUUCCUGGCGCUCUACAAUGUCUUCUAUACAGCCUAUCCUGUGCUCUCCAUGGGCCUUCUAGAGCAGGAUAUGAGUGCCAAGAAGUGCUUGGAAUUCCCUGAGCUCUAUAGUGUGGGACAGAAGAACCAACUCUUCAACUACCAGGUCUUCUUUGUGGCCUUGGUCCAUGGUGUUGCCACAUCACUGGUGAAUUUCUACGUAGCCGUGUGGGCAUUUAAUGACACGGCUGGGCCUGGAGGCAUCUGUGAUUAUCAGACCUUUGCUAUCACUGUGGCCACAUCUGCCCUCCUCUCCGUCAUUGCUGAGAUUAUCAUGGACAUCAAGUUCUGGACCAUCCUGUCUGUCCUGGCUGUCUCCUCCAGUGUGAUCCUCUACAGCCUCAUGUCUUUCCUCACCCAGAACUUCUCUGCCUUCCGUGUGGCCCCCACCAUUUUCAGAUUUUUAUAUGCUAACCAAAAUGCCCUGACAGAACCCUACAUCUUGCUGGUGGUGCUGCUGACUGUGAUCACGAACACCAUGCCCUCACUGGCUGUCCGUCUACUGUUCCUUCUACUUCACCAACUGAAAUACCGGGACAGUCGAGUGGAAGUCAGCGCCGUGGAGCUCACAGCCCACUUCCAGAGGGACUCGUUUCGCCGCCGCUCUAGUUACGCCUUCUCCCACAAGGAAGGCUAUGCUGACCUCAUUACUGGGGGGGCCAGUCUUCGGAAGAAGGCCCCCCGGUUCAUCCGGAGUGUCAGCACCAAUGGGAAUCCUCAGCCAGCCACCAAGAACUCCCCUUGCCCAAGGACCAGAGUGCCAAGCAAAGGAUCGCCCUGA